GAGAGCAUGUGCAGCUUUCUAAGCUUUGUAUGCAUGUACUGGUCCAUGCUCUUCAAUUGUGCUGUGUGAUUACAAUAGAGGAAAGACUCUAAAGUCCAGUGGUAUCGUGCGCGUGCUCUGUCUUACACCUGUUUUACACACCUUGUCUCCGGCAAACUUUCUUCCACAGGCAGAGGGGGAACUCUCUUCCCCUUUAGCCUUAUAGGGAACAACCCGUGAUGCUCGUCUCGCACUAAGCAGUAGCAAACAGUAGCACUUUCUCCUCUCUGAACUUUUUGCUCGGGGUUCCCCAUCACUCCGGAGCCGAACAGCAUGGCGGGACACACCGACGAGCCUUGGAACUACAGCAGCGCGGAGCUGCACGAGCGCACCACCUCGGUGUCUAUGAUUCAAACUCUUCGGUAUCCUUUUCCCACUGUGGAUGUUCCAGACCAUGCCCACUAUACAAUUGGCUCUGUUAUCUUAAUCAUUGGCAUCACUGGCAUGGUGGGCAACUUUCUGGUCAUGUACGCCUUCUGCAAGAGCCGAAGCCUAAGAACACCAGCCAACAUGUUCAUUAUUAAUCUGGCCAUAACUGACUUCCUGAUGUGUGUCACUCAGACGCCCAUCUUCUUCAUUACCAGCAUGAACAGGAGAUGGAUCUUUGGAGAGAAAGGCUGUGAAUUGUAUGCAUUUUGUGGUGCUCUCUUUGGGAUGUGCUCUAUGAUCACAUUAAUGAUCAUUGCUGUGGAUAGAUAUUUUGUUAUAACUCGCCCUCUGGCUUCCAUCGGCAAGAUGUCACACAAGCGUGCCCUUAUCAUCCUCGUCCUAGCCUGGCUGUACACCUUGGUUUGGAGCCUUCCUCCUUUUUUUGGCUGGAGUGCAUAUGUUCCUGAGGGCUUGAUGACCUCCUGCACAUGGGACUAUAUGACAUUUACCCCAUCUGUUCGUGCCUACACAAUGCUGCUCUUCAUCUGUGUCUUCUUUAUCCCUCUGUUUGUUAUUAUGUACUGCUAUUUCUGCAUCUUCCGUGCUAUUCGCAACACCACCAGCGCUGUAGGUAAAAUUAGCGAGGAAGGAGGAAUCACCAAAGACUCCAUAAAAAAGUUCCAUCGAUUAAAGAGUGAAUGGAAGAUGGCCAAGGUGGCUCUUAUAGUCAUUCUGUUGUAUGUGAUCUCCUGGUCGCCAUAUUCCUGUGUGGCUCUGACGGCAUUUGCAGGUUACGCUGACUUACUCACCCCAUACAUGAACUCCGUUCCUGCUGUGAUUGCCAAGGCUUCAGCUAUCCACAACCCCAUCAUUUAUGCCAUCACACAUCCCAAAUACAGAUCUGCUUUAGCGAGGUAUAUUCCAUGUCUGGGUGUGCUGCUGUGUGUUCCUCAUGGAGAACGCUUGACUAGUAGCAGUUUUAUGUCCACACGCCGCUCCACUGUGACCAGCCAGGCUUCAGAAAUCAGCAGCAAGGCUCAUCAGUCCAACAGGACACGCCUGUCCUCGAUGUCCGACAGCGAGUCUGCUUUGACGGACACUGAGGUGGACGUGGCGAGUGCUCUUUCUCGCCAGGUGUCCUACGAAGGCCGUAAAGAACUGUCCGACUUUAAACACUGCAACUCUCUGAAGGUAAAGGUGAGGGGUCGAGACUCAGGUGGCUUCAGAAGUCCUGUAGAUACAGGUCUAAACCUCACCGGCUAUGCUUAUAUCAGCCCAAGUGUGGAGCAGACUGAGCACAUGAAGCUGACAGCAACUAUUCCCUCCAUUGUUGUAACCUCCGAGUCCCAUUCUGCCCUCCUGUCUGAUGGGAGCAAUGGCCACCCUUCUAAAUGCCUCCCCGCCAUUUCUCCAGUGGUGCCUCUCAGCAUGGAACCUCUUGUGAUGGACCAAGUGAGCACGUCCCAGGCCUGCAAUAAUACUGCCAACAUUAGCAUUCCUCAGCAUAGAAUCUGAAAAAAUAAAAACUGCCCUGUCCUUAUCUUUCUUCCCUUGAACACGGCUCAAAAUAACCAGUAUGCACUUUUUCUUUUCGUUUUAAAAUCUUAUAACAUCAGUCGUCUCGCUGUGCAGGUUUUUUUUGUGUGUUUGUGCAUGUGUGAUCUUGAAAGAUAAGAGAGCGUUGAGGUACAGCUCAAGGUUUCUGCAGUGCAGAGUGUCGUCCCAUAGCAGGUUUUCCAGGAAGACAGAACUGCCUGCAGAGCUGUCUGCUAUCUCGCGCUGACAAAAAAAGCAGCACAUCACGUCUAGCCGAUGCGGAACAAAUACUGUGCUUUUAUAGAAAUACAAUGGACAAAAAUCACUUGUACGGGAGGGCAAUAAAUCCUCAAAUAAAUCCUCAAAUUCCAACCUGGGAGAAUGAAUCACCUGGACCCUGAAAUUUUCAGCAAACCGCUCGAUUGAAGUUUUAUUUUAUCAUCAAGUGCUGUUCACUGUGACACAGGAGAAUGACGUCUCAGUGAACCGCUGUUUGUUCACAUCUUAUUUUAUCAACCACUGGUGUUACAGAAUAUAUUUUUCAAACAAUAUAGAACGAGAAUGUUCAACAGAUAUUUACUCAGUCACUUUUCAUUUUUCUGAGUAGUUUUUUUUUUUUUUUCAUCAUUUUCACAUGUUUGAUUUUGCAUUAUUUCUUAGAACUGAUAAUGCUUUAAUGUUUAGAAAAUAUUCAAGUUUGGGUAUCAAGAUAUAAUCUAAUAUCAUAUAUCCACUCUCUGAGCACAAACCAAUGGGGGGUUUAUUUGUGCUUGGCAUUGAAACCUAUAUUUUGUUAGA